AUGAAUAUUGAUAGAAUUGAUAAACCAACAAGAGAACAGUAUGAAGAAUAUAUAUUAAAAAAUCAACCUUUUAUUAUUACUGGUGUUGUAAAUAAUUGGAUUUCAUUUAAUAAAAAAUGGAUACCAUCUCAAAAUAUUGAAGAUGAUUAUUUUUUAAGUAUUUUAGAAAAUAAAGGAAUACCAGUUAGGGAAAUUGGAAUUGAUGUUGGUGAAUGGUUAGGAAAAACAAAAAAUAUUAAUUUCUCAAUAUUUUGGAAAAAAUGGAGAGAACACUAUUUUAAUUUUAAAAAUGAAAAAAAUAAUCAAAGUAACAAUAAUAAUAAUAAUAAUAAUAAUAAUAAUAAUAAUAAUAAUAAUAAUAAUAAUAAUAAUAAUAAUAAUAAUAAUAAUAAUAAUAAUAAUAAUAAUAAUAAACCAAAAUAUUAUUUAGCAAGUUUACCAAUUCAAACAUAUUUUAAAGAAUUAAUAAAUGAUUUUGAAAUACCAGAAAUACCAAAAGAACAAAAUAAAAAUGGUAAUUUAUGGAUUGGAUUUAAAGAUCAAAUAACACCAUUACAUCAUGAUUGGAGUUCUGGUGAUCCAGGUAUGGAUGGAUUACAUGCAAUUAUAAUUGGUAGAAAACAAUUUAAAUUAUUUGAUCCAAUUGUAAAUGUAAAUUGUUUUAAGAGAAAAAAAGAGUGGGGUAAAUUUCAUCAAUCAGAAUUUGAUUUAGAUAAUCCAGAUUUCAAUAAAUUUCCAGAAGCUAAAAAUUUUAAAAUCAUUGAAAUUCAAUUAAAUCAAGGUGAAAUGUUAUUCAUUCCAAAAUUAUGGUGGCAUCAUGUUAAAACUUUAGAACCAUCAAUUAGUAUUAAUUUUUGGUUUCAACAUAUUGGUUCUGAAUUAUUAAAAUCAAAUAAAUUAUGGUGUCAUAUGGAACAAUAUUUAAAUGCUGUUUUUGAAAUGGAUGCAACUAAAAUUUCAAAUGAUAAAUUUAAAAAAAUUAUAAAAUAUUUAACAAAUGAUAAUAAUGGUGGUGAUGGUGAUGGUGAUGGUGAUGGUGAUCAGAUUAUUCAAAAAUAUAAAGAUGAUAAUUUAAAACUAAUUCAAUUACCAAAAUUUAUAGAUUCAUUUUCAAAUGCUGUAAAUAAUCCAAUAUUUAAAAAUCAUCCAAAAAAAGAUCAAUUUAAAUUUGAAAUAACUGAAAAGGUGAAUCAAUGGAUUGAAGAAAAAAAGAAAGAAAUAAAUGAAAAUAAAAUUGUAAUAUUAUAA